UAAUAUGGCUAUUCUAAACUGUAUCUCGCCAGACCUUGGAAUUCCAGGAUUCUAGGCAUAAGAAAGAAAUUUGAAUCUCCAAUUCAAUAUUAGAAUGGCAUCUGUUUCAGCUCUAACUGAGGAAUUAGAUUCUAUAACCAGUGAGUUACAGGCAGUAGACAUUCAAAUUCAAGAACUUCUGGAAAGGCAGCAAGAGCUGAUUCAGAAGAAGAACAUCUUAACAAAGAAAAUAAAGCAGUGUCUUGAAGACUCAGGUGCUGGCGAAAGCAGUGAAUAUGAUCUUUCACCUGCUGCUUGGAAUAAAGAAGAUUUUCCGUGGUCUGGCAAAGUUAAAGACGUGCUUCAAAAUGUCUUUAAACUGCAGAAGUUCAGAUUGCUUCAGCUUGAAACUAUUAACGUGACAAUGUCUAGGAAGGAUGUCUUUCUAAUUAUGCCUACUGGAGGUGGAAAGAGUUUAUGCUACCAGUUACCAGCACUGUGUUCAGAUGGUUUUACACUUGUGAUUUGUCCAUUGAUCUCUCUUAUGGAAGACCAAUUAAUGGUUUUAAAGCAAUUAGGAGUUUCAGCUACCAUGCUGAAUGCUUCUAGUUCUAAGGAGCAUGUGAAAUGGGUCCACGCUGAAAUGGUAAAUAAGAACUCCAAGCUCAAGCUCAUCUACGUGACUCCGGAGAAAAUUGCCAAAAGCAAAAUGUUUAUGUCAAGACUCGAGAAAGCCUAUGAAGCCAAGAGACUGACCCGGAUUGCCGUGGAUGAAGUUCACUGCUGUAGUCAGUGGGGCCAUGACUUCAGACCCGAUUAUAAAGCACUUGGUAUCUUAAAGCGGCAGUUCCCUAACACGUCACUCAUCGGGUUGACAGCAACAGCCACCAACCACGUGCUGAAGGAUGCUCAGAAAAUAUUGUGUGUUGACAAGUGCUUGACCUUCACAGCUUCUUUUAACCGGCCUAAUUUGUUUUAUGAGGUUCGGCAGAAGCCCUCCAACACAGAAGACUUCAUUGAGGAUAUUGUGAAGCUCAUUAGUGGGAGGUACAAAGGGCAGUCAGGAAUCAUAUAUUGUUUUUCUCAGAAGGACUCUGAGCAAGUUACAAUUAGUCUGCACAAACUGGGCAUUCGUGCAGGUGCGUACCAUGCCAAUAUGGAACCAGAAGAUAAGACCAAGGUUCAUACAAAAUGGUCAGCCAAUGAAAUUCAGGCAGUGGUGGCAACUGUUGCAUUUGGUAUGGGAAUUGAUAAGCCAGAUGUGCGGUUUGUUAUUCAUCACUCAAUGAGCAAAUCUAUGGAGAAUUAUUACCAAGAGAGUGGACGUGCAGGUCGUGAUGACAUGAAAGCAGACUGCAUUUUGUAUUAUGGCUUUGGAGACAUAUUCAGAAUAAGCUCCAUGGUGGUGAUGGAAAAUGUGGGACAACAGAAGCUGUAUGAGAUGGUGUCUUACUGUCAAAACAUAAGCAAAUGCCGCCGUGUGUUGAUAGCUCAGCAUUUUGAUGAAGUGUGGAACUCAGAAGGAUGUAGCAAGAUGUGUGAUAACUGCUGUAGAGACAUCUCAUUUGAAAGGAAGAAUGUGACAGAAUACUGCAGAGACCUGAUCAAGAUACUGAAGCAGGCAGAUGAACUGAAUGAAAGGCUCACUCCUUUGAAACUGAUUGAUGCCUGGAUGGGAAAGGGUGUAGCAAAACUGAGAGUGGCAGGGGUGGCUCCUCCCAAACUGCCUCGAGAAGACCUGGAGAAAAUCAUUGCACACUUUCUUCUACAGCAGUACCUUAAAGAAGACUACAGUUUUACAGCAUAUGCUACCAUUUCUUACUUGAAAAUAGGACCUAAAGCUCAUCUUCUAAGUAAUGAGGCACAUGUUAUUGCCAUGCAAGUAAAAAAGCCAACACAGAAAUGUUUCAAGACGAAAUCACCUCAGACUUGUCAUUCUGAAGAUGCAGAUAGAAACAAAGAUGAAAGAACUUCAGAUAACUUCCAGAAGUCUACAAAUAAGUGUCAGCAAUCUAAUUCUAAGGUUACAGGGGCUAAGAAAAGAAAAAUUGAUUCGUGAGGUCAAUUUAGGCUUGUAUAUAUUAUUAUUAUAUUUUUUGCCAGAGCAUUACACAGCUGUCUGGCAUAGGUGGUAUGGGGAAUUGAGCCUGGGACUUUGGAGCCUCAGGCAAGAAAGUCUUGUAUCUGCUAUCACUUUUGCCUACAUUAU